UCCGUUUCCGACAGUGACCGGCGAUCUUUGUUUUGUGCAGUUAAUUCUUUCGGCAUUUAGAAAUAAUGGCAAUCAGCUUAUUAAACCCCAAAGCUGAAGUGGCAAGGGCCGCCCAAGCCCUAGCCGUCAAUAUUUCAGCAGCUAAGGGCAUCCAGGACGUGAUGAAAUCGAAUCUCGGCCCUAAAGGAACCGUGAAAAUGUUGGUUUCCGGGGCUGGUGACAUUAAAAUCACCAAAGAUGGCAACGUCCUCCUCCACGAGAUGCAAAUCCAGCACCCCACAGCCUCGCUUAUCGCCCGAGCCUCCACCGCCCAGGACGACAUGACCGGCGACGGCACCACUUCCACGGUCCUCGUGAUAGGCGAACUCCUCAAGCAAGCCGACAUUCUCAUCUCAGAGGGGCUCCACCCCCGCGUCGUUACCGAAGGCUUCGAUAAAGCCCGCGCCAAAACCCUCGAAAUUCUCGAAUCCAUUAAAAUCCCUAUCGAAAUCACUAAAGAGAAUCUGUUAGAAGUGUGUCGAACGAGCUUGAGGACCAAACUCCACCAAGGACUAGCCGACGUUCUCACCGACAUCUGCGUGGACGCAGUGCUUGCAAUCAAGCCCAAGGACAAACCAGCGGACUUGCACAUGGUCGAGUUGAUGGAAAUGCAGCACAAGACGGCCACAGAUACGGCCUUGAUUAAGGGGUUGGUGCUCGACCACGGCUCGCGGCACCCCGACAUGCCCAAGCGGCUCAAAAAUUGCUACAUUCUGACUUGUAAUGUGUCAAUGGAGUACGAAAAGAGCGAGGUCAAUUCUGGGUUCUUCUACAAGACGGCGGAAGAGCGCGAAAAGAUGGUUCAAGCGGAGCGGGAGUUUAUUGAACAGAGGGUCAAGAAAGUCGUGGCUUUGAAGAAAAAGUUGUGCGACGGGACGGAUAAAACGUUUGUGGUGAUCAACCAAAAGGGGAUAGAUCCCAUGAGUUUGGAUCUUCUGGCUAAGGAGGGAAUUAUGGCCUUGAGGAGAGCCAAAAGGAGGAACAUGGAGAGGUUGGCUCUGGCGUGUGGAGGCGUGGCUUUGAACCACUUGGAUGACAUCCAGGAGAGCCAAUUAGGAUAUGCCGGGGUCGUGUAUGAGCACGUUUUAGGGGAGAACAAAUACACGUUUGUGGAGGAAUGUAAAGUCCCGCAGUCUGUGACCAUUUUGAUGAAGGGUCCAAAUAAGCACACUUUGACUCAGAUCAAGGACGCUGUUAGGGAUGGUUUAAGGGCUAUUAAUAAUGCGAUUGAAGAUAAGGCGUUGAUUCCUGGUGCUGGCGCCUUUGAGGUCACCGCCCACAAACAACUGAUGGCUUACAAGGACUCAGUCAAGGGCAAGUCUCGUUUAGGCAUUGGCGCCUAUGCUGAAGCCCUUUUGAUCAUUCCGAAAGUUUUGGCAACAAAUUCCGGAUUUGAUGCUCAGGACACAAUCGUGAAACUCCAAGAAGAAUCUCGCCUCAACCCAGAACCCAUCGGGCUCGAUCUGACCUCCGGACAACCCAUCAACCCGAAAGACGCAGGCAUUCUCGACAACUACGUCGUCAAAAAGCAAAUAAUCAACUCGUGCUCCGUGAUUGCCAGCAACCUGCUGCUAGUUGACGAAAUCAUGAGAGCCGGAAUGAGCAGCUUGAAGGGUUAAUCAACUCUCGAUUUUUCCAUAAUUAAUCAGCUUGGUAUUAACAUAAAGUGUUCACUUAAGUAAUUAACUUUUGUAUUUAUUCUGCAAUGCAAUUGACUUUAAUAAACAAAAUAAACGCAAACUUAACUAACA